CAAAGCAACCCAGCCGGCGAGGAAAGUAACCUCUGUUUAGUUUAGACGAACCACCUCUCCCCAUAUAAUUCGGACUCCAAACCCACCAAUACCCGCAAGUUUCUCUCUCUCCUCCUCUCUCUCUCAUCCCAUUUCUUGGCUCGCACAGAUUUCCCACAUUAAGGAAUCCAUAUCUCAUAGGCUCAUCAAAACUGCUGUUGGAAUCGCAUGGGGAUAUCUUUCUCAUGCCCAUUUGCUGCAUAUAACGAUAUAGAGCAUGCCUUGGAAUCUGUCAUUGUCGAGUCCGUCAGUAUUGCCAAUAAUGAAUCGAAAACUCUUCUGCGAUCCAUUACCUUUAAGAACACAAACUCAGAACCCACCAUAACGCAGUCAAACUCUUCGCAAAGGACGAUUCAGAUGACGAAAGAAGGAUCUUUUAGCUUAAAAACAGCUGAACCUAGAACAAGGUUCUCAGCUGAAGCUCUUUCGUCGAAAGAGAAUGAUGUAAUAACCACACCUAGUGGUGUGGAGAGCAAAAAAAUGGAUUGCCAAUUUCCGAGCUCAGAGAGGCAAUUGCUCAUUUUGGAUAUAAGCAACCCGAAACACGAAGCCGCAAUAAAGUUGCAGAAAGUAUACAAAAGCUUCCGAACAAGAAGAAAGCUAGCAGAUUGUGCAGUUCUCAUCGAGCAGAGCUGGUGGAAGCUGUUAGAUUUUGCAGAAUUGAAGAGAAGUUCUAUAUCGUUUUUUGACAUUGAGAAACAUGAGACCGCCAUUUCCCGUUGGUCAAGAGCAGGAACCAGAGCUGCCAAGGUUGGAAAAGGGUUGUCAAAGAACAGUAGAGCACAAAAACUUGCCUUGCAACAUUGGCUUGAAGCAAUAGAUCCACGACAUCGUUAUGGACACAAUCUUCACUUCUACUACGUUAAAUGGCUUCACAGUCAAAGCAAAGAGCCCUUCUUCUACUGGCUGGACAUUGGAGAAGGCAAGGAAGUUAAUCUUGUUGAUAAAUGUCCCAGAUCAAAACUUCAGCAGCAAUGCAUCAAGUAUCUUGGUCCGAUGGAAAGGAAGGCGUAUGAAGUCAUAGUGGAAGAUGGAAAGCUCCUCUACAAACAAUCAGGGGAGUUCCUUGACACCACUGGAGAACCAAAGGGUGCUAAGUGGAUUUUUGUUCUAAGCACAUCUAUGAUUCUUUAUGUUGGCCAAAAGAAGAAAGGCUCAUUUCAGCACUCCAGUUUCUUGGCUGGUGGAGCCACAUCCGCAGCUGGGAGAAUAGUCGUCGAAAAUGGCAUCCUAAAGGCGGUCUGGCCUCACAGUGGCCAUUAUCGGCCGACUCCAGAAAACUUUCAGGACUUUGUCUCAUUCCUCAAGGGUAACCAUGUGGAUCUCGCUGAUGUUAAGAUGGACCCUGCAGAUGAAGAAGAAGAAUCCUUGAGCAAAAAAAGCAGUGUUUUCCUAAGAAGCAUCUCAUCUGAAGAAGACUUAUCUGAAAAAACCAAUUCAGAGACAGAACAGCUAGAUGGAGAGGACAAGAGUUCAGAGAAAACCAAUUCAGCAGAGGAGGAAGAAGAUCCUGCAUCAGAACAACCUUCUCAAUUACUGCCACCCGGCAGUCUUCGCGGGAAUUUGCCUAGUCUUCAAAUACCAGAUAAAGAUGACUUGUUUGAGAAAUUAAAGCUUGAGAAUCAAGCCCUUGAGUCAAGUACUGAUGUUUUAGGAGCAAAAUUCACAUUGGAUGGUUAUGAAACGUCAGAAGAUCAGACGGUGUCCGAGCAAUACUUGUCUGAUGAAGAAGAUGAAGAAACCAAAGAGAGUAUUCCAGAAGAAUCGAUUCUCAAAAGGAUUGAUUCCCACAAAAGGUUGAAUUCGUUUCAAUUGGGUAAACAACUCUCUUGCAAAUGGACGACGGGAGCUGGACCUCGAAUUGGGUGUUUGAGGGAUUAUCCAUCCAAACUCCAAUUCCAUGCUUUGGAACAAGUUAACUUGUCUCCUAGAAGUGCUGGCCAUUUUAGAUCAAACUCCACUAGAGAGUCUAUCCCAAACAGUUUUAGUGGAGAGAUCCGCGUAAGAAAGACUAGUUUCAGUGGAGAAUUGCCUCGGAUUCGACAUUAUACACCUCAAUCCUCCCCAUUGUGUAAAGGAGCCUCAACAGCAAGAGCUGCUGCCAAACGGUCAUGAUACGUGAAAUAGGUUUAAUUCUUUGGUUUUGUCUAUUCUUUUGUAUGAAUAGGAAUAGAGAAGAUGAUAUAGGAAUUCUUUGACAUUCUUUUCCAUUUUUUAGUCUUGUACACUUUUUUUGGCCUUUUUCAUCUUGUGUUGUACAAGAUGAUAACUGUACAGUUUCGCAGGUUUCAGUUUCUCUCAAAUUGAAUACAAAUUAUUUCAUUUUUCUAAA